AUGGGGGUACCAUCCUGUCCUACCAGCCACUCCUCCGAGGUAGUGCACUACCAGCACAGGACAGUUGAAGAUCGUUACCUCACCGCUCUGGCGGGGGCUGCAGCUGGUGUAUGCGCAUCCUUCUGUGUCUGCCCUCUCGAUGUCGUGAAGACAAGGCUGCAGGGUCAGAUUCACUCGCACUCUUCCAUUGUGAAGUACAGAGGGACUGUGGACACCAUCCAUACCAUCAUGAAGGAGGAGGGGGUACGGGGCUUGUACCGGGGGCUGAGCCCGACCCUCUUGGGGAUGGUUCCGACCUGGACGACGUAUUUCACAGCCUACAACUUCUUCAAGUCGAUGCUCGAGACCAAUGAUCGGCAGGAGGGGCUGCAGUUCUCAAAAGGACAGAUCUUUGUGCACAUGCUCUCUGCCUGCGGAGCGGGGAUAGUGACUGCCACCGUGUCGAACCCAUUCUGGGUCGUCAAGACGAGGAUACAGAUGUUCUCUCGGCACUCCUGCCCCUACCGCGGAACCAUGGAUGCUUUCCUCAAGAUCCCAAGGGAGGAAGGGAUCGCUGCCUUGUACAAGGGUCUUGGCCCAUCGCUGCUCGGUGUCUCGCACAUUACAAUCCAGUAUCCCAUGUAUGAGCGUCUCAAGCUGGAGCUGGCGAAGAGGCAGCGGGUACCUAUCGACGAGAAUUUCCACACAGAGCUGGGGGUUCCGUCGCUUGUAGCGGCGGCUGCAGGUUCCAAGAUAUUUGCGAGCGUCUUCACUUAUCCGCACGAGGUGGUAAGAACGAGGAUGAUCAUGGAGUCUGACGAGAAGUCUGGGCUCCUGUUGCAAUAUGUGAAACUGUGGCGGGAGGCUGGGAUUCGAGGACUGUAUCGAGCGUUCUUCACGAAUGUUUUCAGAGUCAUCCCUUCGUCGGCUGUCACGUUUGUAUCUUACGAGUUAGUCUACAACUGGCUGGUUCACUGCUAUGGCAAGGACAAACAAGAGAGCGUCCAGCGUGUCAAGAGCAACAAGGACAGUGUAAAGUAAGGAUGUUGCUGACAGAGAUAGGCAAGAUCCCCUGCUCCAACGCGUCGGGAUGACAGAUCCGGG